AUGAAGCCCGACAAGCCCGCCCUGGACAGGGACAUCCUGCGUGCCCGCUGCGCCAAGCCCCUCAAGGCGUCUUCCAGCUCAGAGGGUGCCGGGGCGACCCCCGCCGAGGCCUCCGGGGCCGAGGAGGGCCGCGGAGCUGAGAUGCGGCUGUACCUGGACAAGCUACGUGAGUUGGUGCCCGGCAUGCCCCGCACCGGCAAGCUGUCCCGCGUGCGCCUCAUCCACUCCGCCAUCGACUACAUCACGGACCUGCAAGAGGCCCUGGAGGCACGCACCCGCCGCAAGCUGCGGGACAAGCAGGGGCAGCAGCCCCGCCCGCCCCUCGCUGCCCUGCCCCCAGCCCAGGUAGAGGCCAACACACAACGCGCCUCGCCGCUCUCCGAGACCUCCUCCAACAGGCUGCCGCCCUCCGCCAGCGACAGGCACCCACCGCUGCCCAUGGAGCUCGGCGCCGCAGCGAUCCUCACCCUGGGCGCUGCCAGCACCAGCAGCCUCGCCAGCAGAAACACCAGCACCAGCGGCGGCAGCAGCAGCAGUAACAACACCAGCAGUAACAGCGGUGACAACGGCAGCAGCAGUAGCGGAGGCUGCAGCAGUGGCACCGCGUCCCCAGACCCAGCCACCGCCGGGUCACACAACCCUGGAAGACCACUGGCCCGUCCUCGCUGCCCCUAG